UACUACGAAUAUUAUGGAUUUACUUAUCUCAAUGUGGAAUUCGAAGCACUUUUUAUUAAAAUUAUUUUUUUAAUUUCUUCUUACUGCUGUCUAAAAGUUAUCUUGAUUACAGAUGAGUACGGUUGUUCAAAAGGUGGCCAAGAGGAAUAUGUCCUGUCUUACGAACAAGUCAAUCAACAAGAAGUGAACUAUACUCGACCUGUGAUUGUUUUGGGACCCAUGAAAGACAGAAUUAACGACGAUCUGAUUUCAGAAUUUCCAGACAAAUUCGGCUCAUGUGUUCCACAUACUACUAGACCAAAACGAGAUUAUGAGGUGGAUGGACGUGAUUACCAUUUUGUCACUUCUCGAGAGCAAAUGGAAAAGGAUAUUCAGGAGCACAAAUUCAUUGAAGCUGGCCAGUACAAUAAUCAUCUUUAUGGAACAAGUGUGCAAUCAGUGCGAGAAGUAGCAGAAAAGGGUAAACAUUGUAUUCUUGAUGUUUCUGGUAAUGCGAUCAAAAGGUUGCAGAUUGCCCAGCUGUACCCAAUCUCCAUUUUUAUUAAACCCAAAACAGUGGAAAAUAUCAUGGAGAUGAAUAAACGCUUAACGGAAGAACAAGCCAGGAAGACAUUUGAGAGGGCAAUGAAACUGGAGCAAGAGUUUACUGAACACUUCACAGCUAUUAUCCAAGGAGACACACUGGAAGAAAUCUACAACCAAGUGAAACAGAUCAUAGAGGAACAAUCUGGGCCUUACAUCUGGGUUCCAGCAAAGGAAAAAUUAUGAAAACGGAUUUUUGCUUUCCAUUUUCUAACUGAUAUCACCCACUACAUCUGACAACUCUUAAGCCCUUCCAGUGGAGCCUGCCUCUAGUUCCUCCCAGCGUGGUUCAUACCCUAACCAUCACAUUCUGCAGUUCCCAUAACGCUUUAAAUUUGAUGUCUCUCUUAGUUUAAAUAAUUUGUAUUAUUGUGUGUUGUUGGUUUGCCAUUUUUCAAACAUGACAGUGGAAUGGCCUGACCAGCUAUUACUUUGGGGUGGGGGUGGGAGGGGAUUGCUUGGUAAAAUUCCUUAAUGUUUAAGGGAAAGUAACUUUCAAAGAUUUUUCAAAAAAGCUUUAUAGACAUUCUUUUAAAGUUUCAUAACAAUUGAAAGAAAAGUUGUAUUCCAGGAAGCUGUAAAUCAUGAGUAACUUUGCACGCUUAACUUUAAUAGCAUGGUUUGGUCAGCGCAAUCAAUUUCAGGUUUUGUUUUCUGAGUUAAAUUCUAUUCUCACAGAUUUUUUUUUCUUUCCAGGCAGUUAAAGAGAAACUUUCAAAUUUUGAGUUAACGUUUUCAUUAACUCCCAUCACUCCUUCUCAAGGGAUAUUCAUUUUCAUAAUUUCAUAUGGAUAUUCUUAUAAUCUAUUUUUUCAUUUUUUUGCCAAUAAAAUUGCUAGGGAUAAAGAUGUGUAAUGUUUUUAAUCUUCCUCGUGCAGCACUAUUUAUAGUGUCUUACAGAAAUUGUUUAUAGAUAAUGGUCAUCACACUUUUUGAGCCUAAAACAUGUCUAGGUGCUAGGAAACCUUGUAUUUUCAGAGGAAUGCCAAAUUUCCAUUGGCACUAAUACAGAAAACAGCUGCAGAGAUGGUUGUUGGGGCAAUGAGAGAGCGAUUCGUAGCCUAAAAAUGAGUGUUCUUAGGGGUCAGAUUUUAAUGAAUAUUUUACCCACAAUAACUGCCUAUUUUGUUAUAAUAAAUAUAUAUAUAUAUUAAACUUUCUUUAACUAAACUCUGUAACUAUGGGAAUUAUUUUCUUUACAUAGUUGCGCACACGUAUAAAUAUAUAUAUAUAAAAAUAUAUAUUUUCUUUACCACCUACUCCUAGCUUUUUGUUUGAAUAAAAUACAAAUUAGAAUUUACCUUCCUUAAUCACAUGAAGUCAACGGGCUGUGGUGGCUGGGCAAAAAGUCCAGGGAAUUAUUAGUUACAAGAAAAAAAUAUGUGCAAGUUCUCCUCUUUUCUACGGAAUUUCAGGUGUUUGUCUCUUUUUGUUUUUCUUUGUAAUAUGCAUGUCUUAACCAAAGGGAGAAUUCAGAGUCAACGAUACAUUUUAUUUUUCUGUAUAUGUUCAUCUUGGAUUGCAUAGGUGCAAGAUCUUCCAUUUGCAAAGCACAAACUUCUGUGCAGAAUGUUAUAAAUAUGUUGUAGCAAAACAUACUACCUUCAGUAAUGAAAAAUCUCUAUUUCUUGUAUGACGUGGUACCUGCCAUUGCUUAUUUGAAGCUGAUUGUUGAUGAGGGAGGUGUACUUAUGGCAGUCACAAUGCAGUCUCACAACCAAAUUCGCUUUGGUUUGUAAAGAAUUAUUAACACUAUCCAUUCCAUUUGUUAGAAAGAGGAGAACAGCUAAUAAACUUCAUUGUACAAUGUA